UUUAUUCAUUUUGUCGCCUUAUAAAAAGGUGUUAAGUUUGUUACAGUGAUAUCAUUAUGCCAAACUCAGCAAACAGUGCUUAGUGCUCCCUGGCCUGUGAGUUACAUCACAGGUUAUAGAUUUGCUUAUACUGGUCCACUAUUCGUCACAGACACAUCAGGACAAUUCCAACAGUCAGCUUUAUUCACUCAAUUGCACAUUCUCAAUCCUGAAUGUAACCUUCAAUAGUUUUCUGUUCCAUUGUUUAUUUUACUUUAUCACUUAUAUGUUCAGUUUUUCUUGUCCUCUUUUUAUGUGGAUACUCCUCUUUCCUGUUUAGGAUCUGAGUAACAUGAGUGAAGGCAUACAGGUUUGGUUGGUUAACAACAACAGUGAGCCAGGACAUGUGUUCCUCAACUUGAAAUCUGCGCCAACAUACAGAGAUCUUAACCCAGCUCAAGGGGAAGAUUCAAGUAUGCAAGGGACUUCCAGCCAGGUUCCCCAGUACUACUAUCACACUUCUCCCCAGUAUGAGGCCAGAGACCAAACAGAAAACAUGCAAACCCAGACUCCAGCACAACCUGUUGGUACUUUGUGUGAAUUAAAGUCAAGGAAACCCUGCAACUGCAUGAAAUCCCACUGUCUCAAAGGCUACUGUGAGUGUUUUGCCGGUGGAGUGAUGUGCAGCAAUUGCAACUGCUUUAAUUGCCACAACAAUGAAAAGCACGAAAUAGAGCGUCAAAAGGCAACUAAGUUGUAUUUACGCCGUAAAGCACAUGCCAACAAAGGCUGCACCUGUAAACGCUCCGGUUGCCUCAAGAACUACUGCGAGUGCUAUGAGGCAGGAAUCAUAUGCGCCGCCAGGUGUUUGUGCGUUGGCUGUCAAAACUUUGGCAAUAUCCUCAAAGUGAAGUCUGACAAGGACACAGGGACUGGAUCUGUGAUAACCGUGGCUGUGGUGGAGGCUGUGUGUGGCUCUCUGCUGGUCCAGGCGGAGAGUGCUGAGAGUGCUGAGCUGAGCCGUGCACAGGCUGAGCGUGUUGUCCUAGAACAGUUCAAUGAUUGUCUCACUCAGAUUACCAAUGCCAUGUUCACUGACGACUGAAACCUUAUGAUGACACUGAGGAGGAGACGUAUGUGGGGUCAUACUUUAAAAUUCAGCCGACUGUUGUUUAAGCACAGCCGUCUGUUCUUCUGCAGCUACAGUUCUUAGCUCUAUAUUCUGUUCUUAGUUGUUAAUGUAAAACUAUUUGCUGAGUAAUGUGAAUUUUCAACUUGAUACAUUUUUAUUUGUUCUUGAAAAACUAUUUUGUUUUGGUGUUUUUUUGUACACACACAUGGGCAUUGUGUUGAUGCUUAUUGAUGAGCUUGCCAGAUGCCUGGUGUUAGAGGCAGCAUUCGGAAGUUAGCAGAGUAGUGUGUGUCAUGGCCAACUUUGCAAGAGUUGUUAAUAUUGCUAAAACCUUAGCAGUCGCGGUCUCCAACAAAAGCACCAGCAACAGGGAAAACAGCCUUGUCUGAGAGCUCUGCUCUGACGGUGCACUGUUCUGAUAACGUGAUUUUAUCAGAAUAUUUGCUUAAAGUGAUUUAAUUGCUCUGCCACUUAAAAAAUUUAACAUUUCACAUCUUCUAAAUUGUUGUCCUGAAUUGUUUCUUCCUCUUUUUUCCCCUCAUUUAAAUUGUUUACUUUCAACAUUCAGCAAAUUGUAAAUUGUCACAAAAAUAUGCAUGUUUAGAUGAGUUUAAGAUUUUUAUUUUCAUUUAUUGCAUUUAUCUUUCUGUAUGCUGUCAUUCUCAAACAAAAAACACAGGUACAGAGGAGUUGUUUGGAGAUGAUACAGGAGGUGUCAUAUCUGACAUUACAAAUGGGCCCCUAGGCCUUAACAAUUAUUUCCUUGCUGAAUAUUUUCUCUGAUAAUUAUUUGUUUGGUCUAUAAAAAAGUUAAUCUGUUAAUAAAAGUGAAUCUAUGUUUCUUAAACCCCACA